CUACUUCCUUGCUGUACUACAGUGUGUUCGAGUGAGCAGCGAACAUCCCGGAAAAUACCGCUUUUUAUUAAGAAGGAAUUACAGCAAAGUCGUGUUCUUCCGGCUUCGCAUAGCUGUUGGUGUUUCACAGGCCUAAGAAGGACCCAGUUCUGGUGUAAUUUUUCGGCAAGUGAGAUUCAGUAGUAAUUUCGAUGUUCCACGGGUCAGUACAAAACUGGCCUGGGAACAUGCAGUGUUGAAGUUGAUGCUGCACCCCGCUUAGCUGCAUUACAUGCGCUAAAACGUGUGUGCUUGGAAUGCAUUGGUAAUCCGAGCGUCUGCUUUUAGUGAGGAAGAACUUUGCUACAGAACAAGUGUCCCCAACUCAUCCAGUUUGUCGAGAAGGAAAAGGACAACAGUCGUAAUUACUUGGUUGUAUCUUAAAAUCACUGGUCAUGUGGCAGUGUUGAAACUGAAACUGACUGUGGAUUUGUGAUGUUUCAUGUUAUAGGGCCUAAUCAUGCCUUUGACCAUGACAGUAUAACUGUAAAUUGACUGUCAUAUUUGAUUGGCAUGUCUCAAACCGGUUGACCAGCAUGGUGGGUUUGUCAUCACGACGGGGAUCAGUGUCCACCGGAAGAACAGUAAAGGGUUAGUCACAGUAUUGGGCCCACUUUCUACAUGUUCUUGGUCCCUUCAGAAACGUGACUGCAGUUUUGCUGAUGAUGUGAGGACUUUCUUAUUGCCAUGAUCCAGCAGUUGGCAACUUUAUUGUUUCAGUGAUAAAUGUUUUAACGUGAAGCUGCACAUAUUCAACGGAAUCAUGGCGGCCAAACUGCGUGAACUGGUGAGCAAGAACAAAACUCGGUACAUCGAUGACAACUUUGACCUGGAUUUAACUUAUAUCUGCAACAACGUGAUAGCGAUGGGCUUCCCUGCGCAGAGCCUGGAGAGCGUCUACCGGAACGACAUGGAAUCUGUUGUCAAGUUCUUGGAUAAGAAACAUCCGGAUCACUACAAAGUCUAUAAUUUAUGUUCAGAGCGCAACUAUGACACAUCCAAAUUUUACAACAGGGUAGCCCACUACCCGUUUGACGACCACAACCCGCCAAAGAUUGAGCUCAUCCAGCCGUUCUGUGACGACGUGGAGAAGUGGCUUAAGGAAGGCAAGGAGAACGUUGCGGUCAUCCACUGCAAAGCCGGAAAGGGGAGAACGGGUGUGAUGAUUUGCGCCUUGCUCUUACACCAAGGGAAAUGCAAGACAGCCGAGGAAGCAAUGGAGAAGUACGGGGAGAAGAGGACAAGAGACGGCAAGGGCGUCACCAUUCCAAGCCAGAGGCGCUAUGUACAGUACUACGGGGAGAUCAUCCGGAACAAGCUCACCUACGAGACGGUCACGCUGCUGCUGCAGAGAGUGCAGCUGGAGACGGUGCCCAUGAUGAGCAACGGCUCCUGCUGCCCCUACUUUGUCGUCUACAAGCAGAAGGUCAAAGUCUACACGUCAGAAGUUGUCAAGGGGAUCAAGAGAGGCGAGAGGAUCAUUGAGUUUGACAUUCCCACUACGGUGCCCAUCUGCGGCGACGUCAAGGUUGAGUUCUUCCACAAACCAUCCAUGCUCGACAAGAAGUCCAUGUUCCACUUCUGGUUCAACACUUUCUUCGUGAUCCACCCCAUCACGGAGCAGGGCCGGCCUGGCUCGGCCACCUGCAACACGGAGGUUAUCCCGGUGGCCAAUGGGGGCGAGGAGCUGGUCAUGGGCCUGAACAAGGACGCGCUGGACAAGGCCUACAAGGACAAGACCAACAAGCUGUACUCACCGAACCUCAAGAUCAGGUUAUAUUUCACGCGGGGCAACAACGGCGACAUGGACAAGCGAUCCCCGAACUUGGAGGAUAGUAUGAGCCCCUGCGGCAGCUCCAACGACCUACUGGAGACUGAGUCGUGGGAGUCCGAAGACGAGGCUUGCGAGGACUGGGAGGAUGGCACGGUGACAUACGUAUGAUGACGGCCCCCCGCCGCCUCCUAGGCUUGGUGCCCGACCUUCUCCGUGUGAAAAGAAAAAAAAAAAAUUCCACCAUCUGUUCACCCUCCUGCAUUUUGUGUAUGAGACGUUGUGUGCUGCCUGGGUUCCUCUGUGAGGGCGCCAGACUGCUCAGUCGGAGCUGAUGAGUGCCAGCCACAAUCUCAUUGCGGCCUCGAUGUGGCCCGUGGAUUGUGUGGGCUGGGAACCGAUCCGGUUGGCCAAGAGGGAAGUGGUAUUGUUUGGGACCACGACAGAGGUCCCUACAGGGAAAAAAGGUCAUUCUGAUGUCAGUGCACUGUCUCUGAGCGUAUUGUAAUCUGGACAGUGGCUUCAGAGUUGUCUAGCGCCCUCAGGGAGGCAGCGGGCCGCGUUGAAAGACGUCAGUCAAUCACAUUUUUCUCAGAUCAGUAAGGAGAAGCAGCAGAGCUGGUAUUUGGACAGGCACAGAAAGGAUUGCUAUUGUUUGUAAAUGUUUAUAUCUAUAUCAUGAUACAGUACUUUAAUAAUUGAAUUUGAAGCAGCUGUUAGCUUCUGUGACUCUACUCUCCCUGUUCUCUUCACACUUCCCCCCCCCUCCCCUUUCUCCCGUUAUACAUGCACCCAUGCUGCAGGCACAUGCACAUACGUUACAUACUCAGUGUGGACAUUCCUUUGUUUUGAGGCAGUUAACCAUAUGCUGCCGGGGAGCCUGGUUUCGUGCACGUGGGCUUUA